UCGUAAAACCGACACUAAAACGUCCCUGCCUACAAAUCAUCCGGCCAAAUUAUGAGUUCAUUGUAUUAUGCGAAUGCUUUAUUUUCUAAAUAUCCAGCCGCAAGUUCGGUUUUCGCUACCGGAGCCUUCCCCGAACAAACUUCUUGUGCGUUUGCUUCCAACCCCCAGCGCUCGGGCUAUGGAGCGGGUUCGGGCGCUUCCUUCGCCGCCUCGAUGCAGGGCUUGUACCCCGGCGGGGGGCGCAUGGCGGGCCAGAGUGCAGCCGGCGUCUACGCGGCCGGCUACGGGCUCGAGCCGAGUUCCUUCAACAUGCACUGCGCACCCUUUGAGCAGAACCUCUCCGGGGUGUGUCCCGGCGACUCUGCCAAGGCGGCGGGCGCCAAGGAGCAGAGGGACUCGGACUUGGCGGCCGAGAGUAACUUCCGGAUCUACCCUUGGAUGCGAAGCUCAGGGACCGACCGCAAGCGAGGUCGCCAGACCUAUACCCGCUAUCAGACCCUGGAGCUGGAGAAGGAGUUUCACUACAAUCGCUACCUGACGCGGCGGCGGCGCAUCGAGAUCGCGCACGCGCUGUGCCUCACCGAAAGACAGAUCAAGAUCUGGUUCCAGAACCGCCGCAUGAAGUGGAAAAAAGAGAACAAGACAGCGGGCCCCGGGGCCACCAGGCAGGACAAGGCCGAGGCGGAGGAGGACGAGGAAGAGUGAGGGACAGAGAAAGGGCAGAGGAAGAGAGACGAAAAAGGGAACGAGAGAGAGAAACCCAGCUCUGGGAACUGAACCAGGAAACUCAAGUCAAAUAGGGAGGA